AAUUAUCUUCAAUAAAUUCCAAAGUUUCAAAUCCAUUUGUUUGUGUUGGAGCUUAUAAUUAAACGCAAAACACAUUGAAUGAAAGAAAUUUUCAAGUUGAGGACCUUCAUUUUACCAUGUAUGGAAUAAAAUCGAUUCAUGCUAUGACUUUCUAUGUCUCAAUCGAUCAGGAAGCAGUUUUGGUUAAAGGAAAAGAAAAACAAAUGUCUGUAAAAAAAAAGUUCAAGGCAAUUAUUCUCAGAAUAACAAGCUUAGCACCACAAAAAACAAGCAGACAAAGUGAUUAUUGAGUGACUUUUUUUGUGCUUUUAUGAACGAAAAAAAUAUCCCAAAAAAAUGAAUCAAUUUCCUGUUAUGGAAUGUGAAC